AUGGCGCCCUCCAGAGCUCGGAAUCAUACUGCGGCUCUUCCCGCCGGCUAUAAAGAGGACCUGUCAAAGGGUCCUAUGCUUCGUUUUGAAGAUUCACUGCCGCGCCUACCCGUUCCGACAUUGCAAGAGACCGCCGAGCGCUACGUCAAGUCCGUACACCCGCUGUUGACACCAGAGGAAUUGAACCGGACCAAGAGCGCUGUUGCCGAGUUCAUUAGCUCAGGCGGCAUUGGAGAAGAACUACAAAAGAGACUUGUUGCGCGUCGCGAGGAUCCCAAUGUGAAAAAUUGGAUUUACGACUGGUGGAACAAUGCAGCCUAUUUAGCCUAUCGUGACCCGGUGGUGCCGUAUGUCAGUUACUUUUAUUCGCACCGGGACGACCGGAGGCGGCGCAACCCCGCGAAACGUGCGGCAGCUUUGACCACGGCCGUGUUAGAAUUCAAGAAGCAAGUGGACGGAGCAACGCUGGAGCCAGAAUACAUGAAGAAGCUGCCGAUUGCAAUGUCCAGCUACGAAUGGAUGUUCAAUGCUUGCCGUAUUCCUGCAAAGCCUGCCGACUAUCCUGUCAAGCAUAGCCACACUGAAAACAAACAUAUCGUGGUGAUACGCAAGAACCAAUUCUUCAAGCUCAUGCAUGAAGUGGAUGGUAAGCAGCUGAACACGAGCGAGCUGGAACAGCAAUUUCGCAGAAUCUACGAGACCGCCGAGAAAGCGCCAGCAGUGGGAGCAUUGACAUCUGAGAAUCGGGACAUAUGGACAGACGCUCGAAAUCUACUAAUCGCCGCCCAUCCGUCCAACAAAUCGGCUCUCGAGACCAUUGAAUCUUCGUCCUUUGUAGUCUGUCUGGACGACGCGGCUCCAGUCACUCUCGAAGAACGCGCGCACCAGUACUGGCACGGCGACGGAUGCAACCGGUGGUUCGACAAGCCUCUACAAUUCAUCAUCAACGACAACGGCACGUCCGGCUUCAUGGGCGAACACUCCAUGAUGGACGGCACACCGACACACCGUCUCAACGACUAUGCCAACAUGCUCAUAUCCCACAACAAACUGGACUUUGAGAACCCAUCGAUUCGCUCAAACCUACCAGAGCCACAAGUCAUCAGAUUCCACAUUACGCCCGAAGUCCAAGACGAAAUCACCCGCGCCAAACGCGACUUUGACCACGUCAUGGGCCAGCACCAGCUCAAGGUCCAAGCAUACCAAGGAUACGGCACGAACCUGAUCAAGCAAUUCAAGUGCUCGCCCGACGCCUACGUCCAGAUGGUCAUCCAACUAGCGUAUCACAAAAUGUACGGCAAGAACCGGCCGACAUACGAGUCCGCCGCCACGCGACGCUUCCAACAGGGCCGCACAGAAACCUGUCGGUCCGUGUCCGACGACUCCGUCGCCUUUUGCAACGCCAUGGCCGACCCAUCCACUCCGCCCGAAACAUGCGUCGAGCUCUUCCGCAAAGCAGUCGCCAGCCACGUCCAUUACAUUACCGACGCGUCUGCCGGCAAAGGCGUCGACCGCCAUCUCUUCGGCCUCAAAAUGCUCCUGCGCGACGGCGAGGCCCUGCCGGCCAUUUAUCAAGACCCGGCCUACUCGUACAGCAGCCACUGGUUCCUCAGCACCAGUCAGCUCAGCUCAGAGCAUUUCAACGGCUAUGGUUGGAGCCAGGUCGUCGAUGACGGCUUCGGCGUCGCGUACAUGUGUCUCAAGGAUUCCCUGCAGUUUAACGUCGUCAGUAAAGGCCUCGGCAGCGACAGGUUUAGUCAUUUCCUCAAUGAAGCCGCGGGUGACAUUCGUGACAUUUUGCUGCCUACUCUUGAGCCUCCCAAGGCAAAGUUAUAG